AUGUGUCUGGCGCGUCGGGGUUCGGGGCUGAGGGCGACGCUGGCUGCCGUCGUGGGGCUGAGCGAGGGCGCGGCGGGCUCGGCCCGUGGCGGCCGCCUCCUCCGGCCGGCGGCUCCGGAGGCCCGGCUGCUGCGGCUCCCGGGCGGCGGCGGGGCCGAGCGCGCCGGCUGGGGCGCAGCGCUGCGGGCCGCCGUGGCCGAGCUGCGCGCCGGCGCCGUGGUGGCCGUCCCCACUGACACGCUGUACGGCCUGGCCUGCUCGGCCAGCUGCUCGGCGGCGCUGGACGCCGUGUACCGCCUCAAGGGCCGCAGCGAGACCAAGCCUCUGGCCGUGUGCCUGGGCCGCGUGGCCGACGUCUACAGGUACUGUCACGUGCGGGUCCCUGAGCAGCUCCUGCAAGACCUCUUGCCAGGACCGGUCACGUUGGUGAUGGAACGCACUGAAGAGCUCAACAGGGACCUGAACCCCUUCACUCCCCUGGUGGGCAUCCGGAUUCCCAACCAUGCUUUCAUGCAAGACCUGGCCCAGACAUUCGGGGGCCCUCUUGCUCUCACCAGCGCCAAUCUGAGCUCGCAGGCCAGUUCUCUGAGGGUCGAGGAAUUCCAAGACCUCUGGCCUCAUUUGUCCCUGGUCAUUGAUGGGGGACAAAUUGGAGAAGGCCAGAGUGCUGAGUGUCGCCUUGGCUCAACCGUGGUUGACUUGUCUGAGCCUGGAAAGUUUGGUAUCAUUCGCCCAGGCUGCGCCCUGGAGAGCACCACAGCCAUCCUCCAGCAGUACGGGCUGCUCCCUGCACACGGACCAUGCUUGUGAGGCUCCCGAGGGUGAACCCAGGACUGGUACUGGAUACUGUGUGUCCACUGGCCAUCGGUAAGGCCUCGUUCAGAGGCUGCUAGAACUGGGCCGCUGGCCUGAUGUCCAGGCGGCGUGUCUUAGCACACUGCACAGGAUGCUGCUGUUCUAUUUAUUAUCUCUACUCUGCUCAGACCUGAGCAAUUUCCUCCCUCCCCUAAGUGUCAGUGAGUUAAUUAUAUACAUCAUACUUCUAAAUCCAGUCAUUGUGGCAACCUUUUACUUUAUUCCUGUCUACACCAAGCAUUGGACAUACUGUUGUUGGGUAUUUGAACUUUGUCUUUAAUAUUAAAAAAAAUGCUAUUAA